AUGCUAUCUUAUUUUAAGCAAUCAGAUUGUGUCCAAAAAGAACAUCGUCAAGCGAUAGACUGUUUGCAUUCUCGUGCCAAUACGGUUCCAAGUCGAUGCUUUGAAUUAUUAGAAACAUUUGCUCAAUGUAAACUAUCUAUGAUUGAUAAUCGUCUACGUGCCCGCGGGAAAAAAGUUGAUUUGCCGGAGGUAGAAACUACUGAAAAGUGA